UUAACUGGCGUUGGUUGCACUAGUGAUCUUUCCUUACAGGAUGUGUGGGAUAUUGGGAAACGGAUGGACAGUCUUAGUUUGCGGUAUGAUUUGUGUAAGACAUUUGUAGAGGAAGUUGUUGAUGCACUCGUCAUGGAUUCGCUCGUAUGUUUGUGUUCAGUUUUCAUUUGUCGACGGUUUUGGCGUGGACAAAAUUGAAGAUUCGGGGGCGAGGAAAAUUCUGGAAUGGGCCGAGGAUUACAUCAAUACCCAGACAGAUGUUAGUCAGCCAGUGACAAUCGUCGAUGUUGCCAGUUUUGACAGGGAGAUUGAUGUAGGUGUUAAUUAUGAUUUGCGACUUCGCCUGGGCUUUCUUGUGUGUCCGAAGUUUGUCUUGAGGGGCUCGGCAUCGUGUAAACUGGACGAGAAAUUGCCUGAAACUCUUUGCGACGUCGGGAUCCUGGAGGACUCCGUCUCCAAAGAAAAAGAAAUGACGCGUCUGCUGUGCACCAACUCCUCACGUCCUUCCAAAACCUACCUCUCCGCCGACGCGUCUCAAGUGGCGUCCUUACUCCCGACACCGCCGUCCCCGUCGUCUUCCGUAACUGCCUCUGAGGCGUCCAGCGUCUGCGACGAAUUCGACUCCGUUGACAUUGAUGAAGUUCUUCCGAGUGGCUGGACCCGGUUGCACAAAGCGGCCCAAACCGGCGACCUGGCCCGAGUCAUCACUCUGCUCGACUGCGGCGCCAAUCCGUUGGUUUACGGAACUGCCGGCGGCGGCAGUGUCCCGAUCCACGAAGCCGCCUUUAAUGGACGAGCGGAUCUAGUCAGUGAGUUUCUCCGUCGCGGCGUGGAUCCGGACGUGAUGAAAAAGGACGGCUGGGCGUCGAUUCAUCUGGCCCUUGUUGUGGGCAUUGUGGACCCUGUGCCUGUGAUUGACGCCUUGCUGGUGAAUGGCGGCGACGUGAAUUUGAUUACAAAGGACGCGAAAUUGCUUUCACCGCUAGAUGUCGCCUAUGAGAGGAUGCAGACAGGCGAAGUGAAGGAUUAUCUUGUGAAACGCGGUGGGAAACGGAGUAGUGAAUUGAAAGCUGGAGAGACGAAGAGCCUCAAGAAAAAUUAG